AUGCAACCACAAUACGCUAAUUAGCAAGUAGAUUUUAACUACUAAAAGGGGUAGAUAAAUUAUGGUAAAUCUCCUUACAUACUUUAAUCUCCUUAUAAGCUAUCUUCAAGCUCAAUAAAUAGCUAAGUUAGCAAAAAUAAUGGUUAAUACUCAUCGCCAGUCCAAAAUUUUUAGAGAUCUCUUUAAGAAUUGACAUAAUAUCAGUAGUAAAUGUAGUAUAAUUAAAAUUUAUAAGCUAUACAGCAAAGUUAACAAAAUUAACAACAAUAAUUGUCUUUUAAUGCUACUCCUUAGUCCUAUGCAACUUACUAGUCUCCAACGAAAUAAGAUUAUGUUCUUUUUGAGAGAUAAGAUCCUUAUCAGCGUUUUAAUGGAAAUGGUUUGCAAUAAAAUAAAAUUAAUAAUAUGCAUCAGUAGUAACAAUAGCCUUACUAAACUAUCAAUUAAAUAUAAAACAGAUAACCUAAUGUUUAUUAAAUUGCAACAUUAAAUACAAAUACAUUUAAUAGUUAGGACAGAUUAAACACUUAAUUAACUGAGCCAAAUCAAAUAAGGCAAACAAGAUACAAUAAUAAUGGAUAUGUAAGUUCAGAUGUUUAAAGUAUAAACAGUGCUUAUAACUCAAGAUACACUGAUUAAUAAGAUAAAAGUAUGUAUGGAUAUUAAAUAAACAAAUAAAGAUAGUUCAUGUCACCAGAUUAAAAAUCAGUUAGAUCAUAAAGGAAGAAAAUAUUUUCUCCAAUAAGUGAUAAGACAAUAGGAUCAAUCGAAAGUGACAUCACUUCGUUUUAGAAAUAUAGAUAGGGUGGAGUUACCAAUAGAUUGAUUAGCUCAUAGCAAGUAGAAAAAGAGAGCUUAUUUAAGAGCUAGAACUAAAAUAGAUUUUUAACUUAAUAAUUUAAUAGCGGAUAGUCGAUAAUGUCAAACAGCAUUUAAAACAGAAUGUAUUCAUCUGAUUCAGAUAAAAAAAGAAUAUUUAGUCCAGUGAUGGACUACUCUAAGCUUUCUCCUUUGACAAAGGAUAAUAAUAAAAUAGAAGAGGAAGAGGAGAUAAUUUAUAAAGGAAAUGCUAUUAAAUCAGCUAUUUAGCCAACUUAGAAUAUUUAAAAUAAUUAUUAUAAUCGCUACAACUAUCAAGAAGAAGAAGACUUCUCAAGUCCUAAGUUUUAAGAUUUUGAUUAAAAUGGCAAUGAUGCUUUCAAUCAAAGUGAUGAUUUAGCUGAAAAAUUUUAUGAAGCACAAACAAACGACAGAGAAUAAUCAUCCUAUUAAUCUUUCAACAAUUAAAAUACGAGUUAUGAUGGAUUUUAGAACUUCGAAUAUGAAAGAACAAAAGAGCAGAUAUCUCCUGAAAAGAAUUCAGCUCUUAAAUACUUACAAGAGGAAAGAGUUAAAAGGUAAUUAGAUGGCGAGUUUAAAAAAAAGUAAGAAUUAGAAUAAACUUUAGCAAAAAGAAGAAAAUUAUUUUUCUAAGGAGUGUUUGGAUUGGUAGUUUUAAUUAUUUUAACUAAAAUUAUAUUAAUGAUUAAUUCCUACUUUAGGAGUUGA